UUUGGUUUUUUGCGCUGUGUGAACACACCCCGUGUCGCUGCGUGAACGCGCGCCCGCCCUAUAUAAGCGCGCUCCCGCGGCGCUCUCUCUCUUCACAGCUCGUACAGCCCCGACCCUCAUCUCACUCCUUCCCACCGGGAAAUAACUAAGCACCAUGGCUUCCAAAACAGAACGCACCUUCGUUGCAAUCAAACCCGAUGGAGUUCAGAGGGGACUCAUGGGAGAGAUCGUCAAGCGCUUUGAGCAGAAGGGCUUUAGGCUGGUGGCCAUGAAGUUCCUCCAGGCAUCUGAGGAUCUGUUGAAGCAGCACUACAUUGACCUGAAGGACUUGCCAUUCUACGCUGGACUUGUCAAGUACAUGAGCUCUGGACCUGUUCUAGCCAUGGUGUGGGAAGGAGCGAAUGUAGUGAAGACUGGCAGAGUGAUGCUGGGUGAGACUAACCCCGCUGACUCCAAACCUGGCACCAUCAGAGGAGAUCUCUGCAUUGACAUUGGAAGGAACCUCAUCCAUGGCAGUGAUUCUGUGGCUAGUGCCAAUAAGGAGAUCAACCUGUGGUUUAAGCCAGAGGAGAUGGUGUCCUUCAAGUGCUGUGCCCAUGAAUACAUCUAUGAGUAAAUCUGUCCUUAAACUGUAGCUGUCCCUCCUCUAAGCCUCGUUUCAAGACCACUUAUCAUCGAAAUGCUGUACACCUGGAAUUUGUGUUGACCUGUCUUAUGACUGUGGCGCUCUUAAUAAAACUAUUAAAUCUCA